AUGGUUGAAAUCGAACAAUCUUACCUUCCUCUUGGAAAGCAAUUGGCUGCCAACGAAAAAAAGACCCGUGAUAAAGCUAUCCGUUCUCUCCGUAAAUUCUUAUCCACCGGUAGCAAUUUAGAUGAAAUUGAGCUCAUCAAACUCUGGAAGGGCCUCUUUUACUGCUAUUGGAUGUCUGACAAACCUUUGAUUCAACAAGCUUUGGCGAACGAUCUCGGAGCACUUGUUAUGGAGAUGCCUGCUGCCAAUGCCAUUCCAUUUUUAAAAGCUUUUUGGCAAAUUCACUGUCAAGAAUGGCACGGGUUAGACAGAAUCAGAUUGGACAAGUAUUACUUGCUCUUGCGUCGUGUGAUCUAUUUCUCUUUCCAAUUCUUGGCUAGAGAAUCUUGGGAUCAAGUCUAUCUCGAAGCAUACACUGACAUGUUGAUUGAGGGUCCUUUGAGCCCUACCGACAGAAAAAAUCCUGAUGCUAUUAGAUACCAUGUGAUUGAUUUAUAUUUUGAAGAAUUGGAGAAAGUGCUGGAUGAUGUUCGUGCCAAACUAGAGGAAGCCGAUGAUCUGGAUGUGCCCAUGGAGGAAAUCAGUAGACCACUGACAGUUUUAGCCAAAGAGGGAAGCCACAAGACAUUAAGGAACAAGGCCAAGGAAGCACUCAAAGCACACGAGAUGGAGAUGGCUGCUAUGGCAGAAGAUUCUGGAGACGAGGAUGAAGAGGCAUUAAAGCAAGACGAUGAGGAUGAGGAAGAAGAGGAGGAGGAUGAGGAAUAA